UCUUAGCUCAAUUUUUUUUCACCCCCAGGGCCAGAGCCUCGGCCAGGAUGCCCGUUGCCCGGAGCUGGGUGUGCCGGAAGACCUAUGUAACCCCCCGGCGCCCCUUCGAGAAAUCCCGUCUCGACCAGGAGUUGAAGCUCAUUGGCGAGUAUGGGCUGCGGAACAAGCGGGAAGUUUGGCGUGUGAAAUUCACUCUGGCCAAGAUCCGCAAGGCGGCCCGGGAGCUGCUCACGCUGGACGAGAAGGACCCCAGGCGCCUUUUUGAAGGCAACGCCCUGCUGCGGCGGCUGGUGCGCAUCGGGGUGCUGGACGAAGGCAAGAUGAAGCUGGAUUAUAUCUUGGGCCUCAAGAUUGAGGAUUUCCUGGAGAGACGCCUCCAGACCCAGGCCUUCACCGCCCGGGUGCUGAUCCGCCAGCGGCACAUCCGUGUGCGGAAGCAGGUGGUGAACAUCCCGUCCUUCAUCGUGCGGCUGGACUCGCAGAAGCACAUCGACUUCUCGCUGCGCUCGCCCUAUGGGGGUGGCCGGCCCGGCCGUGUCAAGAGGAAGAACGCCAAGAAGGGGCAGGGUGGUGCUGGGGGGGCGGAUGAGGGGGAGGAGGAUUAAAGACACCGGUGGUACCCUGGGGGUGGGAAGCCUGUUCUAUUGUGUCAAUAAACAAGUUUGGAGUGGAA